GACUCGCUGCCUAAGCUGAAGGACCUCGCCUUCCUGAAGGGGCAGCUGGAGAGCCUGCAGCGCAGGGUGGAGGACGAGGUGCAGGCCGGCGUGGGGCAGGACGGAUCGCUGCUGGCAUCGCCCUUGCUCAAAGGUUUCCUGGCGGGAUACCUGGUGGCCAAGCUCCGCUUCUCCGCCGUCCUGGGCUUCGUGGCCGGCACCUGCACCGGGAUUUACGCCGCGCAGAAUUAUGCCGUGCCCAACGUUGAGAAGACGAUUCGGGACUAUGUGAAUUCACUGAAAAAAGGUCGGGACUAGCGAGGAGGAGCCCGGAGGCAGCAGGGACUGCAGGAACCGUGCUCCUUAGGUAGCAGGCACAGAGCACCCCUAGGGCUCUGGGAGGCACAGAACCUGCACCCUUCUUUUCCCUGGAAAAGCGUUUUGCACCACACCACUGCCACACGUCAGGGGGCUGGUGAUGGGUGUUUGUUGGGCACCGUGGCAGCAGUGAUCACUGCACUAACCCACAGCAGCUUGAGAGCACUGAGGGGCUGCCAGCUGCCUUUUCCCCUUAGCUUUCCCUGUGGACUGAGGGGCUGCUGUGCCUGGUCACCCGUGUGCCCUGUGCUUUGUGUGGCUGCUCAGGAAGUUCUGUAGUUCUCCUCCUAACCAGAGACAACACCCUGCUCACCUGCUGCAUCACCAGUGUUGCAGGGAACAUCCUGCUUGAAUCAGGCUCAUUAAAUUCUCGGUAUUUGAUCUGU